CCGGCACAAUUCGAGCACACCUCUAUCCAUAAGUAUGACACACAGACGUCCAGAGAUAUGAACCCACUUCCUCUGUACCCAUUCUCUUUUGGCGCUAAUGACAACGACGGCGGUGCCGUCAUCUCCAGUUAAGGAGGCGAAAGAAAAGCCAGGUGCAUCAUGGAAAAAGGAUGAAGAGCAUGUCGUCCCAAAAAAUCGCAUGGGCAUUGUGUUCUUUGGUUUGAUGUGCAGUGUAUUCUUGGCGGCUUUAGAUCAAACUAUUGUAGCUACCGCCUUGCCCACAAUCGUAGCGGACCUUGGAGGGGGGCAAAACUACAGUUGGGUAGGAAGUGCGUACAUGUUGGCGUCCGCUUCUUUGGGCCCGCUAUACGGCAAGCUAUCUAACAUUGUAGGCCGCAAACCCAUACUAUAUGGAUCCAUCGUCAUAUUUCUAAUUGGUUCAGCGUUGUGUGGCGCAGCCAAGACUAUGACAUGGUUGAUUGUCUGUCGUGCCGUACAAGGAAUCGGGGGCGGGGGGAUCAUGCAACUCGUACAGAUCACCAUAUCGGACAUUGUGUCAUUGCAAGAGCGAGGCAAGUAUGGUGGCUUCAUUGGUGCUACAUGGGGCGUAGCAAGCGUCAUCGGACCAUUACUCGGUGGUGUUUUUACCGAUCAUGUAUCUUGGAGGUGGUGCUUCUGGAUCAAUUUACCGACUGGCGGCUUAGCUGGGGCACUUUUAUUCUUCUUUCUAAAUUUAAAUCCCCAUCAAGGAAGACCAUUCCGCGACCAUAUCCGGGAAUUUGAUUUCGUUGGGCUUUUCGUGAUUAUUGCAGGUGUCGUUUGCCUGCUUAUAGGUUUCAACUCGAGCGAAACGACAUGGCAAAGUGCCGAAACCAUUGCUCUCCUUGCUGUGGGAGGCACGUUGUUAAUCCUCGCCGCCGUUAAUGAGAUAUACACGAAGCGGUCCCCCAUUAUCCCUCCUCGUCUUUUCAAGACACGUACAACUGGCUUGAUAUUGAUUUCUGUAUUUUUGCAUGCUGUGGUAUUCUUCUCAGGUUCAUACUACCUUCCAAUGUAUUACCAAGUUCUUGGCGCAUCGGCAACGAGCUCUGGCGUUAGAAUGCUACCUUAUUCGUUAUGUAGUGCGCUCAUGUCAGCGGUUUCUGGAAUAGUUGUUACCCGGACGGGAUCCUACCGUCCUACUAUGUGGUUAGGAUGGAGUGUUAUGACGCUUGGUUGGGGUCUCAUGAUCAUGCUGGAAAGUACGAGCACUAAUGCAGAGAAGGAAAUAUACCCCCUUAUUGCGGCGCUUGGCAUCGGUUGCUUGUUCCAGACCCCACUUAUUGGCUUACAGGCGGCCAUGCCUCUCAAGGAUAUGGCUACCAGUACAAGUGCUUUUGUGUUCCUCCGAACUCUUGGGGGUACGAUAGGUAUUACGAUCGGGGAAGCUAUCAUUUCCAGUGUCCUCCAGCAGAAAUUGCGGGGCAUCCAGGGCCUAACCAUCGACACUUCUGCAGCGGCUUUGAACGAUGACGUCAGGCAGAUUGCUUCCAUUGCUAACCCAACAGUGCGCAAUGAAGUUAUGCAAGCUUACUCGCAGUCUAUCAGCACGGUUUGGUUGGUCAACGUGCCGCUAGCUGCGUUCGGUCUCUUCCUGGUUCUCUUUAUUCGUAAUUACACGCUCGAGCGCACGGUUAUCCGUAGCGGUGAGAAGAAGCUAGGAGACGUUGAGAAGGGUGCUGCUCAAGCGACGAUAGAAGAAGACUCACGAGCCAUGGAGUCAGAAUCUUUGGAGAACGAAAAGAGACAAGCUUCACGUGAUGACGCCUCUGAACGCACACGAACAGACGCGGCAGACGACACUACUAGUGCCAAACAGAAGACUGAAGCAUAGAGUUAGGGACAUCCGAUACCCCUGUCUCGGGCCUGGCGAUACCUGAUUAUACCUUAUCAAUGGUGGUCUCUCGCGGUGCAUGAAGCUUAAAGCUUAAUGACUCGCAUAUAAAUGAUUUGAACCUAAAUUAUGUAGCUUGUAAAUGGACUAGAGUAUCGUAUGUAUUUCUCUCACUUGGGAAUCGAUGCCAAUGGUGUAAUAUAUUCAUGACUGGGGACGUCCCUCCUUUGUGUGCACUGCUAACGAUGAUCUGGAUCAUGCUGUGAAUGGAAUAAAAGUUCAAUGAACCGCAACC